AAACGAGCCCGAUGAAUCAAUUUUGUGCAAUGAGAAACAAAUACAGAUACCUGUGAUUGAAACAUGGAGAUUAUAAUGGAUUUGGGGAAUUGAUGACGUGAGGGCAAAACAAGACGAAAGCGUUAACCAAGUUACAAGCUCCACGUCCAUGAAGAUCACAAUCAAUUUGGAAAACUACUUAUGUGUGACUUUGCAGUGAUGGGAUCCAAUGGUCAAGAUGGUCAACAUAAUGAUCAACACAAGUCAAUGUGAAAUCUGUCCAAAUUAAAGUCAGCUAAUCCAUUGGAUUCGGAGGUGUCGCAUUCCCUCUUGUUAUUUAAAAGCAGAUGAUUUAUGAACAAGGUGUCGUUAUUUGAUCAAAGUUCACGUUACAUAAAAUACAAACUAUCGGAAAUCACAUGACAUUAACUGAAGACGUUUGGAGAUAUAGCAUACAAGACUCUGAAACAAUAGUCCUAGUGGCAAUUGGCGUCUAGGGGAAAUACAUAUAGUGAUUUCUGUAUGUAACUACGUGAUCACUAGUGAUAUAAUAGAGACUAGAAAUAAAUUGAUAUCCAUGGCCAGGGGAAAAGAUCAAUAACUAUGAAUGUUAUGUUGUCAUUAUGUAAGUUACCAAGAGUGAUGCCUAUGACAGUUUAAAAUAAAUAUUCAUGCGCCAAAAUACACUUACCUAACACCAUCUCAUAAACAAUAAGACUACGAGAUAGAGUGAUUGGAUGGCUCUGUCUGAUAAAUAAUAUUUUCCUUGACAUAAAGAUAUCGACUAUGGGUGUCACUAAAGGAGCUCCAGCAAACACAAGUUUGAUGAGCAAACUGUUGGACGCACAGGCUGCAAACCAUCGCCGCCUCAUGCGAAUCAACGAGGCGGAGCAGGCACGCACAAAAAACAUAUUUCGCAUAAUCGAUAAACACGCCAGAAUGGAGCAACUAAGGACAGAUAAAGCUCUGGAGAGAGUCAAUCACACAUGGAAAGAAAUCAAAGCGUAUAAUUAUUGUGUUCAUAAUCAAUACAAAGUAAGUAACUUUAUUUGUAUGCAAAAGGAUUUUAAAUUAAAAUCAACAAGUGAACUUUCGGCUGAUUCACGGAGGAGGCUGCAUUACGAGACAAGGAUUAUGAACACUGGUUUUUCAAGAGACAUACUGAGACCAGAGAUAAAGAGGGCGAUAAUUGACAAUGACCCAAAAAUGAAACGAGAAGUCCAACGGGAGAAACUGUUGGAAUCCGCUAAAAACUACCAGGCUCUGUUUCCUAUUGACCGAAAGAGUUCGACAACCAAAAUAUUUGAAAAUUUUCACACGACUAGAAACAAUUUUACUAAACCAGGACAACUGAAACCUUUGAAAAAUCACCAAAUGGCAGUAUUAAAUCCACACGCUCAAACUGUUUCUCGUGAUUAUUUACAAACUUUGAAGACAUUUCGAAAACAUGCACCAACAGUGAAAAGUGACAAAACUAUUGAUGUGAAGGUCAGGGUCGGUGUUGAACCAUCUCAGACCGAGGACAUAAUAACAUCACCAACUCAGAAAUAGUUUUUUGUCUUAGUAUUCGAUUGAAUAUUAAGAUGAAGUUUCCCAAAUGAAUACAUUAUAGGUAGAACAAAUGAACGAUGAUAUAUUGCCUCUUUAACAGGUUUUGAUAUACACCUGGUACACAUAUAGCAUUAAUAAAAAUGACCAUAUUUUUUAUUUGGCGAUAGCAUUGUUGUAAGAAUGUAUGGGGUUUCGAAAUAUUUUUGAUGGGGAUGGAGGGAUUAGCUCUCCAAUCGUUCCAAAAAUAAUGUUGCCAUUUCAAUACUACCGAAUCAAAUUUUGUGCAACUUGGUAUUGAUGUUCCC